AGUCGCUCGGUUAUAUUCGUUCGUCGCAUCGUCCUUACAUCGCAUUGUUUUGUAAUGUUCUUUGGCGGGGAGUCAAUGAUAUUCGUAAAAUAUUUCUAGUGCGCAUAAUAACGAAAAACAUUUUACUUUUGUGAAAGAUCAGUGACUUAACUGUCUUUGUUCUAGUAUCGUAUAUAGAUAAGGACAGUAUCGGUCGGACGUUCUGAGUCUCAGUGUAGAUUAGUUCGUCUGGACUCGGGCAUCUCGCUUUAUCUCGGAGAACUCGGAAAUGCGAACAUCUCCAGCCUACUGAUACUGAUUAUAUUCAGUUCAUCGCGCGAAACAGUAACCGCCGGUCGUUUCGAUGAUGUAUCGAUAGUACAGGCAGCUUAGAACGUUGAAAAAAAGUUGCUUUGUGAGGUUUGAAAAUAGAACUCUUAUUCUAUAUUCGAUUUAAAUCGCGGGACGAUACAAUGGCGUUGUCGGGCUUUCUACCAGAAUACAUGUACAGUUUUGUGGACCAACUUGAUGAGCAUCCAUGGUUAUUUUCUGGACUUGCGUCGGUCCUGGUCGGCCUCAGUGGCAUAUUCCCCUUGCUGGUCAUCCCACUGGACGCCACAGACAGCUUCACGGAUGGCCCUGGAGCCUCUACCCUAAGGAUACUACUCAGUUUUGCAGUGGGCGGACUAUUGGGCGACGUGUUCCUACAUCUUCUACCAGAAGCGUGGCAGAAUGAUUUAAAUAAUACUAAGCCUGGCGAACACGUCUCCCUAAAAAGCGGGCUAUGGUGUCUCACGGGCAUGCUAGUAUUCAUCGUAGUCGAAAAACUAUUCGCAGCCACGGAAAACGAAGAAGAGGAAGAAAAGAAAGAACAAGAGACUGUCAAACAAAAUGGUUCCGCGAAAAUAAAGGAGAUUGAAAUAGAAGAGAUUGAGAAACUCUUAAGAGUUGAGAGGAGGCAGAGAGGAAAAAGCAUCUGUGAUGGUAAUGGGACCGUCACCGCCAAGGAACUCUAUGACACUUGUGUCUUUAAUAAUAAUACUAAAGGUGUAUGCUGUAACUCAGUAGUGAACCAGAAUGGUGCAGUCCGCUGCAACAGCAAAGGCAAUCGCUGGAUGGGGCGCUGUCUGCUCCGAGAGGCCAGGGAACAAGCACUCAAAGCCACCAAGGAGAAGACCAACAAGAAGGAUGUGGCAGGUUACUUGAACCUAAUGGCGAACUCGAUAGACAACUUCACGCACGGACUGGCGGUGGGCGGGUCCUUCCUCGUCGGGUUCAGAGUCGGCGUACUUACCACAUUCGCUAUAUUAGUGCAUGAAAUACCUCAUGAAGUUGGAGACUUCGCGAUAUUGUUGAAGAGUGGCUUCUCGCGGUGGGAGGCAGCUAAAGCACAGCUGGCUACGGCGGCAGCUGGUCUGAUCGGCGCCAUGACAGCUGUGAUCUUCAGUGGAGCUAGGAACUCUAUUGAGGCAAAAACAUCCUGGAUAGUGCCAUUCACAGCGGGCGGUUUCCUCCACAUCGCGUUAGUGACGGUGUUGCCAGACUUACUGCGGGAACCUGACAAGAUGCAGUCACUCAAACACUUGGGGGCUCUUGUGUCGGGGAUUGUUAUCAUGGCGUUCAUGACAUACUACUUCGGAUAGAUAAAGUUUGAUAGUACUUGAAAAUGUGAGAGGCUUUUGGUAGAAAAAAAAACUACCAAACAUGGUAGUUUGUAUAGAAAUUUGUAGAAUGUUACUGUUAUUUAUUUUUGUUCUUCUAUCAUAGUAUGAGUGAAAGUGGUCUUGGUGUUAUUAUAUCAUAUUUACGAUAUUUUUAUCUAUUUGACACAAAUAUUAUACAGUUACGCAUUUGACGUACUGGAACAAGUA